AUGAAGUUCCAAUUCAUUCUCGGUGCUCUGGCCCUCGCCAUUACCACCUCCGCUGCUCCCACUGCUGGCGCUGUCGACAGUAUUAAGCUCAGCCAGGUCCAAGUCAAGAAUCUCCUUGAUGUCCUCAAGGUUCAGGGCACGCUUUCCGCUGAUCAAACCAUCAGCUGCUCUGUUGCCUAUUCUCUGGCUCUGAGCACCACUGGUCCCCCCUAUACCAUUGAUCUGACCACCCUUGAUCUGUCCAACUGUACCUACAGCGGCCCCUAG